GUGGCUUUUCCCCUGGCUUGAGGCAGUCCGCGGACGUGCCGGCUUGAACAUGGAGGCUCUGCUGAAGCGGGAGCUGGGCUGCGACUUCGUCAAGGCUACGGGUCACUCGGGGGGCGGGUGCAUUAGCCAGGGCCAGAGUUACGACACGGACAGAGGACGGGUGUUCGUGAAAGUGAACUCCAAGGCGGAGGCCAAAAGAAUGUUCGAAGGUGAGAUGGCAAGUCUAACUGCCAUCCUGAGAACAGACACCGUGAAGGUGCCCAGGCCCAUCAAGGUCCUCGACGCCCCGGGAGGGGGCAGCAUGCUGGUGAUGGAGCACUUGGACAUGCGAUAUCUGAGCAGCCAUGCUGCCAAGCUUGGAACCCAGCUCGCAGACCUGCACCUAGAGAACAAGAGGCUCGGGGAGACAUUCCAGAAGGAGGCCGGCACUGUGGGGAAAGGAGGCGGGCAGGUGGAACGGCCCUUCGUGGACCAGUUUGGGUUUGACGUGGUGACGUGCUGUGGAUACCUCCCCCAGGUGAACGACUGGCAGGAGGACUGGGUCACCUUCUAUGCCCGGCAGCGCAUUCAGCCCCAGAUGGACAUGGUGGAGAAGGGGUCCGGGGACAGGGAGGCCCGGGAGCUCUGGUCUGCUCUGCAGCUAAAGAUCCCUGACCUGUUUCGUGACCUGGACAUUGUCCCAGCCCUGCUCCAUGGAGACCUCUGGGGAGGGAACGUAGCAGAGGACGCCUCUGGGCCCAUCAUUUUUGAUCCGGCUUCUUUCUACGGCCACUCGGAGUACGAGCUGGCGAUAGCCGGCAUGUUUGGGGGCUUCAGCCGCUCCUUCUACUCCGCCUACCACAGCGCGAUCCCCAAGGCCCCGGGGUUCGAGGCGCGCCUGCAGCUCUAUCAGCUCUUCCACUGCUUGAACCACUGGAAUCAUUUCGGGUCAGGGUAUAGAGGGUCCUCCCUGAAUAUCAUGAGGAAUCUCAUCAAAUGAGCCUCCCUGCUGGGGGGCGCCUCAGGUUCAGGUGCACCAGCCGACACCUGCGGCCGGCGCCUCCUGCUCCGCAGUCCUGUCCAUCGGGGCGUCUUCCCCGAGUCUUCACACUAACUUCGUCCUCCCGAGGUUGUACAUUUCCUUAGACUUCCUGGCGGGUGAAGCCUCACUGGAAAUGUGAUGUGACCAGAGGGACCCAUGGAGCGCGGGCCCCGUUGAAACUGCUGCCCGGAGGCCGAGCAGGGAAGUGGCCGCUGCGCCAGGCGCUGCUGAGGACACGUUCCCCCAGCGGUUCCUCCCGUCUCAUCUCCAGAGCGACUGAUGUUCAGGAAGGUGCUUCUCAGUGGGUUAGACGCGGGUAUGGACUUGAAACCAGUAGUGAGGACAGCAUCUAAUGGCCAGUCUCAGCUGAGCACAUUCCCUUUCUUUCUGCCCCCUUUGCAUCCUGCCACAGGCCACGCGGUCUGGAAUUCGAUUCUGGGAGGGACCAACCGCUAGUCUUGGGUAAAUAUAGAAGCCACUUCAGCCCUCCUGUUAGCGCCCGUCUUUGCCGUUUGAAAGCCUGUGAGUUGCUCCUUUGUAUAAAAAAGUGCUAGGGGCGCCUGGGUGGCACAGCGGUUGAGCGUCUGCCUUCGGCUCAGGGCGUGAUCCCGGCGUUAUGGGAUCGAGCCCCACAUCAGGCUCUUCUGCUAUGAGCCUGCUUCUUCCUCUCCCACUCCCCCUGCUUGUGUUCCCUCUCUCGCUGGCUGUCUCUAUCUCUGUCAAAUAAAUAAAAAUAAAAUCUUUUAAAAAAAAAAAAGUGCUAAACCAGCGGCUCUGCCUUCCCCGUCUCACAGUGGUGGGGAGGAUUCGUGAAUGGCAUGGAUGCUGAGAAAGUCUUUUGCAUAAACAUUUGAAUAAACUUUCAUGGAUUGCAAUGAUGCA